GACUUCAGCGCUCGGGCACCUGCUCCAAAACUUCCCUGGGCGAAGGAGAGAACACCUCUGGCAGCAAACCGAGCCUUCCUGCCCAGCCAUGCGCCUCAUCCUCGGGAGCCUGAUGAUGCUCCACUGCCUGCUGGGGGCUGCCGUGCCAGGACCCCCCCAGGAACCAGCGGUGCAGGAACUCUGGACUCUCCUGUCCGGCAGCCGCGAAGGCGUUCUGCCCCGUCGCUCCGUGGAUGCCCUGUUAAAUAUCGCAAGGUCCCGGGUGCAGUGCUCCGCGGUGCCGUGUGAAAAGUGCCUCUCCUCGGCCAACGUCUUCGAACUGGUAGGGAAGACCGCCUCCGGAGAGGUCAACCUGACGUCCGUGGAGCUGCUGACCUUCUCGGCAGGGCUGGUCUUCUACUUCUCUGACCCUGCGGAUGCCUGCGAGGCCAUGGCCAAGAAACAGUGGGUGGCUGAGGUCCACGAUUUCCAAAACAAGUUCUUCAACGGGAGCCCUUUGGCCGGACCCAACCGGGAGAAAGUUGCCCAGCAAAUGCUUCUCAUCCAGAAGAACGUCAAGUCCGUCAAGAAAGAGGAGGUAAGGGGGCAGCGGAGGGGCCGUAGCUGGCGUGGGAAGGGUCCCAAGUGAGAGAUGUCCCCAUAGAGGGGUCGGCAUUGGGAGGCUGCUUGAGAUGCAACCAGGGGUGGGAUUCAGUCAGUUCGGACCAGUUUGAGUGAACC